AUGUUUCCCAGGCAUCAGCAUUUGAGUGAUGUUUUCGCGCAAAGCAGUCCAGAGAAAGAUUUCUCGGAGAACGAUGAUGAAACCAGUGGAAGCGAUAGUGAAAUUGCACGAAUUCAUUACGAGCAGGAGAUGACGCGACGAGCAGCAGCAACAGCAACAGCAUCGAUGCGUUACAAUGCUGUAUCAGCAACUGCACCGAAUGAAUACUACUACUUCGGUGUUAUACAACUGCCCCAGGAACGAGUGCAUCAAGUGAUGUGCCGUAUGCCACCACCUCAAGAAUACUUCAGCCUACCUCCAAUCGAGAAAGCGGCCUAUCUUUUUUACUGCACCCUCUAUCAGCAUCAUUAUCAGCCGGUGGAUUUAUUCCAUAAGAAAUUCAAUCGUGAAUACUUUAGCUACAUGUGCGAAGGAGAUUCGGCCGAGCUUGCACUCUGGAAGAUCUGUAAGCAUACUCAGGACGAGUUCAUUGCGAAACGUUCGGUAAAUCAUCUGAAAGCCUACGAAAUGUCACAGAAGCAGUUGUUCAGUGAUGAUCGAGAAACUCUUGAUAGCAGGCAAAGUGAGCACGGAAGCAGAUGUGAUGAUGAAAGCGACCAUCUUAGCAUUGAUUCUGGCCUGAAAGAACCAAUGAAAUUUCGAGUGGCGCAUUCGUUUCUGAGAUUUGGAGUCGGUGGAAGAGUGGUUGUGCUUAAUGCCCAGAAUUCGGAGAACAUCUUGGAAAUACGCGAUUUGAAGAGCCUGAUUGGAGAGGACAAAUUAAUUCGUCUUUCAAAUGCUGUUGAUUCAUUUCGAGGUCCUCUGAUACCCGGUCGCACUCCAACACAUUCGGUACGCCUGUAUGUUCAGCGCCAAAUUGAACUUAUCCUCAGAUCAGAAGCCUAUCGUACAAAUUUGCCAAACGAAGCGGCAAACGAUUGUCUUCUUAUUUGGCAACUGCUAGAAAUGCUUGUACAGCAACAAGGGCGAGUGACUGGGCCGGAUUUAUCGAGAUUGUUGAUGACUGGUUGUCACCUGGCCGAACAUCGACGGCAUGUCAAAGAAAAGUUCAAUUCGUCUUCGCCAAUAAUUUUCAGCGAGCAUUCUGUGGAUUCAAAAGCCUACGACCGUUUCACGCAAUUCCUUCUUGGCGGACAUUUGAAGGCCAUGAGAGAUGGACUGUAUUCGGAUGCAAUGAUUUUGGCGCGUCGUUUAUGCAUUGGUGACCCGCAGGAACUUGAAAGAAUCGAAACAGCUUUCUUGUCACAUCGAUCGGAGCAAAAUCCCGUGAUGACGCUUCUCUCCGUUGCAAGCGGCCAACCGGCUCCAGUUCUUGUAACAAUUGUACUGGCCAAUCUGAACACACCAAUGGCGCUUGGAACAGUGCAUCAGCUGGGCUGUGUGCUUGCUCGCCGUGAGCAACAUGCAGCAGCUGAUUUCUGUUUUUUGGCUGUCAGCCUCUUAGCACCAGGCUAUGAUCCUUUUCAGCCAAUACCUAAAAAAGAGGAUGAAAGUUCGGAAGUACGAAAGCACAUCACUCUCAUACAUGCCACUUUGCGAACUAUACCAGAAAUGGAUUUGGAAUGCUUGAAAGAGUGA